UAAGUGUGAAGUAUUGUAUCAAACAUAUAAGAAAAAACUUAUGUACUAUGAUAGUAUAAAUAUAUUAUAUUUAGGCUCGGGAGAAUGAAACAAUAAGUACAUGAAAAUAAACAUUAAUAUUUAUGUUAUCAUUAAAAAUUAAUAAACAUAGUGGUAUCCUGGUAUUUUUCUGUAUGAUUUUUCAAUAAGUACCAACUGAUUACUACCUAUUAUAGUUAACAAUGCGAAAUAAAAAAAAAUAUAAUAAUAAUAAUAAUAAUACAAUAUUUUUAAUUUCUCUUAAAAUAGUAAAUGUAUUUCUCUGCAGAACAAGACUUGCCCUUGGACGAAACUUGUUUGUCGUUACUAAUGACGUGGAAUAACAGUGCUGGAAAGGAAAAAAGUUUUCUCAGUAUAGCUAACUGUUUAAGAAAAAUAGAUCAUGAAAAAUUAGCCGAAUGGUUGUCGGACACAGUUUUUACUCAAUUAAGUAUUGAAUUAAAUAAUAGUUUUCUUCAAAACACUACAACACAAAGAAAUAAAGCUACAGUUUCGUCCCGAUCACAGAAGAUUCUGCAAACUGAAAGUUGUCCGUUUAGUAGAAAUGUUUUGUUUUUAUUAUAUGAUACGUUUUGCAUGUAUUUUAUUUUGAUGGCCAUCGUAACAUUUGUAUUCUAUUCAUUGGGUUUGUUUGUUCGAACUGUGAAAGAAAGCCAAAACAUUCUAAGCAAGUAUAUUAUUAUAAAUUAUUAUUUUUAG